AGCAAAGCUCCAAAAAUCACUGAAAAGAAAGAAAAAAAAAUGGCUGCCUCUUUGCAACCACUGUUCUCAGCAAUAACAUUCCUGUUGUUGAUUGCUUCUCUGAUUGGGUCCUCCGAAGCUGCCGGAAUUGUCCAAUACUGGGGCCGAGGCCAUUCAGAACCAUCAAGUUUGGCUGAGUUCUGCAGGCGAGAAUUCGCUACCGACGUGAAUAUUGCCUUUCUGAAAGAUUUUGGUAGCGGCCACAUGCCUGAAUUGAACGUAAUUCAUCCUUGGCCGAGCGCAGCAGACAUAGAAUCUUGCCAGAAUAAUCAGACCAAAGUGUUUAUUUCUCUCGCAGGACCAUCGAAUCUUUCUUCCGUCGAAGAUGCGCAAGAAGUGGCAGCCUAUGUCUGGAACACUUACUUAGGCGGUGAAUCAAGCGACCGUCCAUUCGGCACAGCUGUUUUAGAUGGCGUAGAGCUUCACAUCCACAGCGGAAACCCGAAUUACUUGGAUGUUCUUGCUCUGGCACUUAAGGGAUACCCAAAUGUAACCUUAGCUGUAGCGGGGGAAUGUCCUAUUCCUAACCUUUUUCUUGACCCAACUAUCAGAACUGGAGUCGUUGAUCAGGUGCGGGUGGAAUUUUUCGACAACCCAUCUUGUGAGUUUCUGCCUCCAAACGAUACCAGUCUCCUCUUCCGGAGCUGGGACAGUUGGUCUGAUUAUCCAGGCGUUCAUAAAUUGUACCUGGGAAUACCAAUAAGCUCUUCUAUCGCAUCUGAGGGCGGUUACAUCCCACCUAAUGAGCUAGUUUAUGAUGUUCUUCCCUAUCUGCAGAACUCUCCUGUUUAUGGAGGCAUCACGGUUUACCCCUACUUUGGUCACGGGGUAACUUUCAAGUCCCUGCUACGGUCCUAUGCUCGUGCUGUCUGAUCAGUUCCUCUCGGUCGCUAUCUACUGAAGGAGGCGAAAAUGAUAAAUAAAUAAACAAUGGGUUGGUUAUCCAUGCCCAAGUAAAAUAAGAUUGUCGCAUGAAGCUCAAUCGUGCGCGGUUGACCUUGAAUUUCUGUCUGUU